GGUCUCAGUCACGGUGUUACAAGAGAGAUUUGGCAAUCAAUUACGGGAAGCUACGUUUUUAAUUUGACUUCCUCGUCAGAAUUUGAGGGGACCCCGAAUAUCAAGGAUACAAUAACGCAUUUUGAACGGCAAAGCAUCGGAGAUGACUAUGGACAGCGAAUGACAACAUUCUAUCGGGUGAGCAUCCCAUAAUAGGCAAUUUUCACGAUGACGACAAUUGGCUACAACUACCACAAUUCAUAUAAUUUUUUCUUUCUUAUUUUAAUUUGUCAAUCCCGCUGGGGUUUAAACACCAAUAGCCCUAAAGUCCACAAGAAAACAACAAACUGAAGGAUUCUGGUAGUCGUAGUAAAAUGACGUCAUCGUACGAUUGUCCAAUUGUCUCUUUUGAUUCACUUUUGAUUCUAUAAUUUGUCUAUAUGCUUAUUUACCUCUUAAGCCCCAAUAUCCACUUUCAAAUUCUCCAUAGUUUAAAGUUUGAAAGUUUGAAAGUUUGAAGUUUAUUAAUUCAUAAAUACCUAGCAGUUCGAAGAGUGAAUUGUGUAUUUACGUUAUACAUUUCUUAAUGAAUUAGUUGAGAAAAUUUGAUAAACUGAUGAAGGCAUUUUUCCUUUGGUGACUACUUUGUUAAUUCUCAUAACGUUUUCUCUUGACGAUGAAUAGCUUUUCUUAGGAGAAAUUUGACGUUAGUCACUCGUGGAACUUCAGGGUUACUAAAACUACACAAGCUGUAACUUGUUUUGUUUCCAAAGGGAUAUUUUGGUGAAAUCUUGUGAAAUUCAUCUCAGGCUAUAAACGUGAAAACUGUUAGUUAUGAUUUUUUUAGUGCAUGUUUUGGGCAUUAUUCAUUUUUAAGUGUUCCUUACUUUCCUUUCCUUUAUCAUUAGUCCAAGGAAAACUGGCGUUAUUUGAAUCGUAGCCCUUAUGCCGCAGCAGCUUGUGUAUCACGUAGUUACGCGGGAAACCAAGUGCGGUCAUGUCAUGAUUAGUUUGUUUUUGCUUCUGAUUGAGGAAGUGUCCCGAAGAAGUUUUAUUUUUAAACCAAUCUCAAAGGGCUCAGGAAUGCAAAACCAAGACACUCAUGUUACAGUUAUCAGCGGUUUUGACAUGGGGUUAUGGCACAAGGCAAUUUUGCUUCGUAUUUAAAACAAGUAACCCAUUAGCCUCGUUUGCCUCCGUUGCAUGCCAGUUGACCGGUUAUUUGACCACAGGCUCAGCUUUAGUAUCAGAUGCUGCGACGCAGACUCGUACUCAGUCGCUGUUUAAGUGUUUUUUUGGGGUGAGAGAAGAUUGGGGAUUAGGUUGAGGCGCGCGGGGGGUCUUAUGGGAAGGGAGGGAGACCUCGCGCGCGCCUCAACCUAAUCCCCAAUCUUCUCUCACCCCCAAAAAACACUUAAAUAGCGACUGGGUACGAGUCUGGCUGCGACGGACAAAAUGACUCAUAUCAAUCAAGGCGCCCACCCUGAAUAAUAUAUUAUGCAUAUUUAUACUUAAAUUCUUCGUAUGGGAUGGUAAACUUUAUAUGUAGUCUUAUAUCCAAAGAAAACUAACAAACAAACAGGCGAAUGUAUAGAGAAUUUUGUCUAGAAGCGAGGGUUGGUGGUGAAAUAAACAGGUCUUACGUCAAAGCAUCAUUCUUACCUUCGUUGGCUCUAAAUUCUAAUUACUGAAGUCCUUUUUUUUUCUCGGAAGGCUCCAGAGACAGGUUUAUUCGUGUUCUACAUGACAUGUCAAGACGAGUGUGAGCUGUGGCUGAGUACAGAUGACACAAAUUUUAACAAGAGAAGAAUUAUUUUUGUUCCUUUUGGGCUUAACCUAACCUGGAAACAAUGGGACAAGUAAGUGAUGUGAGCUUUCCUGAUGCUCUUGUUUUAUUCGCCAAAUGAGGCUGGGUCAAUGUUGUGUCGAGUUGCAUAAUGGGAUUGUUUAUGGGGAUGCCAAGCGCUUUUUUUUACUAGGUAAUACGAGUAAUAUUGGGGAGCCUGAGAAAACACUUUUUUCAGCGACGCAUACGCACGACAACCGAAAGUGAGGCCUUUUCCCUUUUAACAUGUCUUAACCCUUUGGACACUAAGAGUUAAAAUUUGAAUUCUCAUUUGUUACUCCUGCUCAUUUCCUAUAGAAGCGGUGGGGAGAAGUUGAUAGAAUAUCAAGUAACUUCAUCUUGUGUGAUCAUGUCUGUAAUUCUCAUGACCACUCUGUUUUACAAAGCACAGGGCAAAUCUGAAGUGUAACCUCAGAAUGGCCAGUGAAGUCCUGAAUUUUCUUCAGGCUUCUUUACGCAAUUGCAUAAAUUGUGUUCACUGCGAUGAUCAUUUCUUCAUUUUCACCGAAUAGAACUAGCUGGGUACCUGGAUAUUAGCCAAUGGGCUCCUGUAUCAGCAUAUCUUAUAACCCGGGUAGAAGAGUCACUCGCCUACCGGUCCAGGAGCUAUCCUUACAAAAAUUGGCAAACUGUAUACAUCAGUUCACAUGAUAAACAAAACGUAGGCUCCGUGGGCUAUGGUAAGAUCACUCUUCUAGCAGGGCCAACUUCCCUCCAUUAAACACUUUGCCUCGCCCAAACUGGUCAACUCGGUGAAGGUACGUGAGACGAUCCGAGCAUGCAUUGGCGCUGAUGUCUUGGGCAAAGGUGUCAACUUUUUUUCUCAUAUAAACGCUCGCUAAACUGACUCGGUUGAGAAUGUGACUCUCAUUGCCCUGACAACUUUUCUCUUAGUACGUGAUGGUGAUCGAAGCAAUUUGUUGUAAGUUAAAGGAUUUCUUGGAACCAAUGUUGGCCUAACGAUUUGUUGGCUGUUUUCUCAGGCUAGGAUAUUCUGAGCUAAUUAAGACGGAAUCCACCAGGAUUGAGUAAUUUUGGUUUUCAGUGGACAAAAAUCUUGCAACAGAAUAAUUUAAAGUAUAUAUUGCGUUCUUUUUUGCAUUUUUUAAGGCCUUACGAUGUAAUAAAUCAUCUGUAGUAGCACCAAAAAAAAGUUCUUAUGGAAACCCUAGAAAAUGAAUGUCAAUUUUCACAAAGUUACAUCUUACGCAUGAAAUUUUCAGAAAUUUACCUAGUAUGCAAUCACAAUUCUUGUGAAAUUUGACAUUCAUUUUCUCGGACUUCCACGAGAAAUUUUCUUUGGUGUUACUACAGAUGAUUUAUUACAUCUUUAGCCCUUGAAAGGUACAAGGUUUUUGUCCACCGAGAAUUAAAAUUUCUCAAUUUCCUAGUGGAUUCCGUCUUAACUUUUCCCGACUCGACAAUACAUUUGGAACUUCCUAGUAAAAAGCUUUAAAGGUACAACAUACUGACUCGAGCUGGACUUUAUAAAAGUCCAUAAAGUUUCUUAUAAUUCUUUUCAAAACUUGAUUUCACCCAUACGUCUGGAAUUGGAUAGUAACAAAUAUGAAAGUCGAAUUAAUGUACGGGAAAACACCUUAUUAACGAAAGUUUAAUAAAACUUUUAAAAAAAUACUUUUCGCAUAAUGAUUGUAGUCAGAUUUUAACUUUGCAUUUUCGUAAAACCGUCUGUAUUUCACGCCACCUUGCACUGAUCAGCCAUUAGGUUCUUAUAAUACCGGAAUAAGGUAUGCUGUGAUGAACGACCAGUAAGAUAGAGUUCUCUUUCUUAGAAAAGCUGAACAGGUAUCAUCCCCGAUAAACUUGGUCAGUGGUGAGUUCUACUUCAUGGAAGCCAUCAUGAAAGCGGACUCCAACCCAUCAGAUCACCUCGGUGUUGGGGUGCGUCAGCCGAAUGGGAACAAAUACCAACCCAUCUUAAAUCCGGAUUUGUACAGCGAGAUACCAGGUACGAUCAUGUAUUGGGGGGUAGAUGGUAAUUCACUGAGUUAAAGAGAGUAAGAAGGCAGGCAGUUGGAGAAGGGUUGUCGGCACUAUUAUAGACCAGGAGCCUGCUAAAAACUUACAAACUGUUUAGCUUCAGCGCAAACUGAGAAGAACGAGCGUAGAUCGAACGCUAACGUGAAGCGUGAGAGGUUUGAGGGGUGACCAAGUCUACAUAAACUACAUGCCGAAAUUUGGUUUACUGUAUUUUGUAUUUGGUUUACUCUGAUUUACGAUCACAGGCACAGUUAGAUAUAGUAUAUCUAAGUUAAUAUUGAAAACGUAUAGUGAUAGAGCUUUUUCCACUUGAACGAACUACCAUUUUAGUUGAUGAAGAUGUUUAUAAGAGAGACUCACUUAUUUAAGCAGAAUAAUGCUAUAACUUUUAUAAAUUAUUUCUAGACUGAAUGUGGUUUGUGAAGAGCUUUAGAAGAUUAGUUAAGUCAGGGCUUUAAAAUAUAUUUCUUUAUUUUAUUUUUCAUUCGUUUAUUUACAUGUACUUGCACUGGUUACCUCUCUAAUACUAAUGCUUCGAGGAAAUUUCUUCUCACACCUGCUCCACUGGCGUAGUCUCCCACACAGGCGUUUUUAGGGGAGUUCGUACGGGGAGAGAUGAAAAACGAGCUCCCCUAUAUAAGCCUGCGAAGGAGGCUAGCUCCAUUGAUGUGCUAACCAGAGGCUUUUUUUCUCUUGAAACGUGUAAUCGGUUCUUUUCUUUCAGUGUUUAGGACAUUUGAAUUGCAAAAAUUGCAACCCAGAAAUUAAGCUAUGUCGGACUGUUGCUAUUCCGGGCAAUAAGUGUGUCUGAAAUACCGGGUGUUGAGUUUAUUUUUAUUCAUGCCGUUGACUGAUCGUUUAUCGUUUUUUUCUUUUAGAGAGAAAAAUCGCGUUAUUUCUUCUUGUCCAAAGGGACGCAAGUCUGGUAGGUCACGUGAUGUCUACAACUGCCCUUGACAACGACGUAGCCUGUUCAUUAUACUGUACACGUGACCGAAACUGCAAGUCCUUCAACUACUACAGGGAACAAGGGAUCUGCGAAUUAAACAAAGAAAAGACCGCGAAUAAUAUCAAAGGUGUACUGGUCCCAUACAGAGGGGCAGAAUACUACGAAAAAAUGGAACCAAACCAAUGA